AUGCAGGCGGCAAACAGAUUACGAACGGUGCUCCAGGCGGGCCGAGGGCAGGCGUUCGGCGCAUGGCAGAUGCUGCCAGGCACGAAUGUUGCGCGAAUUCUGGCGAGAAGCGGCUUCGACUGGAUUUGUGUUGAUACCGAACAUGGAAACAUUGCAGACGCCCAAAUGCACGAGGCGGUGGCCGCAAUUGCUGCUCUAGGCGUCAGUCCGAUAGUCCGCAUCGCUGCAAAUGAAGGCUGGAUGGUCAAGCCUGACAUUCGAAUUGAAGGAGCCCUUGAUUCCGGUGCCCAUGGGAUCCUUGUACCACUGCUUGACACUGCAGAUGAUGCUAGAAAGCUGGUAGCAUCUGCGAAGUUCCCUCCGAUGGGAAAAAGGGGCUUUGGGAGUCCUUUCGCCAUGGGUCCCAUUGGUAAUGUCUCUGCAACGGAGUAUUUACUCCACGCGAACGACACCUUGCUUACGAUUGUGCAAAUUGAGACCAAGGAAGGAUUAGAAAAUGUCGAAGAGAUUGCCAGGGUACCAGGAAUUGACGUUUUGCUCGUCGGGCCAUAUGACCUGGGAAACAACAUUGGCCGGCCAGUGAUUAAUGAGUUGCACCCCGAGUUGGAGGCCGCGAUCGAGCGAAUCCGCAAAGCAGCAGUGGACAAUGGGAAAAAAGCCGGUAUAUUCAGUCCAAAUGGCGAAAUGGCCAAAAAAUUUGCCUCACAAGGAUUUCACAUGAUCUCCGUUACUUCCGACGUCUACGCGCUUUCGACUCAUCUCGAAGGUUCAUUGACGACGGCAAAGGCUGGAUAA